AUGAGGAUCUGUCCGACGCUUUUCAGCCUGCCCAUCUACCAGUGGGCAUAUUAUAUAAAAAAAUACUACCUCGAAGGCACUACCAACCUCGCGUCGCCCAAGGCGUCCAAGCGCGCCGAUGCUGUGGUCAUCUUUGGUGAGGAAUCAGAGGACGAAGCGGUCGUUGAUGCAAACGCAGUCGUAACGGCAGAAGAUUCAGAUUACGCAGAAGUCCACAUGCCGUCCCGGAAGGCGCCAGGCACCGUUACGCAGGCUGCAGACCAAGGAAACAGGCGUCCUUCUAAUAUCAUACCGCCGAUUCAUCAACAUUGGUAUAGAGGCGGUUCAUCUACCUCAAAUGAAUCCCACAAGGAUUCAGACCUCUCAUCUCAGCUUUGUACCAACCAAACGCUGCAAGCCUCAGGUUCCGUGCGAUGCGCUACUUGUGACGAGUCUUACGUCCACACUGCGCACCCUCCACCCCAAUACCAAGCCACACAGCAGUCAAGAGCAAUGGAUGACGCCAUAAAAGAGAAGCUCCGCCUCGCCACCCUUCACAACGGAGAGCUCCUUCGCAUCGGCAAGACCCAAGGGCAGGAACGCGAACACAUUGCUCGAACCCAGGCCCAAGCACGCGAGCACCGCAAACUUACGCACGACGCAAUUCACGACGGAGCCAUUGCCCGCCAAAAGGCACUGAACGAGGAAAACUAUGAGCACCGCGAACGGCUACUCAAGCUAGAGCGUCAGUAUGCGUCCCAUGAGACAGCGGUUGAGCCCAGAGAAUCGGUCCCAGAAUCUGAGAAUGUGCCAGAAGAUUCCGAUCGGUCUGGAGGAGGUGGAACAGAAGAUAACGAGUCGGUGGAAGCGUUUGUCUUGCCGCAAGAUGAUCUGCGGGUGGAAUGUGCCACGGAUGGCAAAGUUAGUCGAGAUUUCGGGUCUGGAUGUUCUUUCACCCAUGUCCAUUACGAACAUCCUCCAGUACGGUCCGAUUGGCAAGAAGUUGGUGCUCCGAAAUUCCGCGAGUUGAUGAGGAACAGUGAGACAGCGCUACCUGGUCCUGUCCUUCUACCCCAAGCGAAGCCGUUUUUGAUUCCGUCGCGAGAGAAAGGGAGGGCACUGAGCUGCCGACUUGUCAUGCCCGAGCAUGGCCGGCAGGUGAAGGGUGUUUUUAUGCAUAUCCACGGAGGCGGAUGGGUCUUAAUGGACAUUGAUUACCAAGACUCUUUCCCACAAUACCUUGCCAACGUAGUAGAUCUUGCCGUGGUCUCGAUUGGAUACCGACUAGCACCCGAGCAUCCUUUUCCUGAGGGUCCGGAAGACUGCUAUGAUGCCGCGGAAUGGCUUGUCGAUAGUUCAGAAGCCCGUUUUGGCGCUCCUUUGACGUUUGCAGGUGGUGAAUCUGCUGGCGCCCACCUCACCAUACUCUCCGCUCUUCAUCUCCUGGAGGCUCGCCCAAAUUUCCGCUUCCGCGGUCUCAUUCCUAGUUUCGGGCCCUACGAUCUGUCUAUGCCCCCUCCCAUGCACCACCUCGACCACCCGCAGCCCAUAUUAACCAAAGAAAUGCGAGCCCACUUUGUGGAUGCCUUUCUCCCCAACACUAAGCCUGAAGAACGCCGACAUCCUUCAGUAUCCCCCUUCUAUGCCGAUUUGAAAUGCUAUGGAGAUGAGGACAGGCUGCCGCCUGUUCUUUUCGAGUGUGGGACGGAGGAUUGUUUGUUGGAGGAUACGGUGUUGAUGGCAGUGAGGUGGCAGAUGGCGGGUGGGGAGGCGGUGGUUAAAUUUUAUUCUGGAGCACCGCAUGGAUUUCUGGCGUUCCCGCCAGAGAUGGUGAAGAGUACGAGGAAGGGAUUGGAGGCUAUUGGAGAGUUUAUGAGGACGAAGAUCGGAGAGUAG